AUGAAGACCUGGGUGACCCAAAGAAUACCCGGCCGGGCUCGUCUCAGGACCGACCAGAACCAGGACCAGGACCAGGACCAGAACCAGAACCAGAACCAGGACCAGAACCAGGACCAGGACCAGAACCAGAAUCUGCUCCUUUUGGACCCGACCGCCAGCAGAACCUUCUGGACCGUUGCUGGAAAUGGCCGCCGCCUCCUCUGCUCCGGUGGGCCUCCUGGUUUUGCUCCUGGUUUCCGUGGAAACGAGGCUUUCACCUCAGAACAACGAGCAGCAGGUGUGUCCUUCAUCCUGUGGCUCUGCCAGCUGAUUGGUCGGUCAGGUCAUGUGACUGAUGUCACCUGUGUGUUUGUCCAGGUGUUUCUCUCUCUGUUCGGCUCUCGCCUCGCCUCCCUCAUCGAGGCCACGCCCCCGCCUGAUGACAUAACAGAGGGCUCCGCCUCCUCGCCGACCUCCCUGCCUUUGCUGCUGGGCCUGAGUCGCCACGGUAACGCAAGCAGAUUGGCCAGCAGACAGGAAGUGGUGCCCCGGCUCUUCCUGGACUUCCUGCGGCGCCAAGCGAAGACGAGGAGGCGGAGCCACAAGGCCACGGCGGGAGGAAGAGGAUGCUUCGGGAUGAAGCUGGACCGCAUCGGCUCCAUCAGCGGCCUGGGCUGCUAGGGACGGUUACCGUGGAAACGCCGCUGCUUCUCACAACUGAAGAUGACCCUGCAUGACCUCUGACCUCCAGGCGGAGAUUUUAUGCUGGACGAUACUAACCAGAGCCGGCUGAGCUCAGGACGAUGCUAACGCUAGUGACCUUUGACCCACUGGCGGCCUGCAGCCAGCAGGAGACGUGUGUGUGACCUGUAGGUGUGUGUAGGUGUGUGUGUGACCUGUAGGUGUGUGUGUGACCUGUAGGUGUGUGUGUGACCUGUAGGUGUGUGUUAGCGCUGACGAAGCAUUAAACUGAACCUGAUCUCUGCUCUCUGCCUCUUUCCUCAUGAUACCAUCAGUUCGGUUCUGUUUGGUUCUGUUCUGUGACACCAGUCCCUCCUGCACUAAAUCAGCCCCACAGCAUCAUGCUGCCACCACAAUAUUUCACGGCUAGGAUGGUUCAAGCUUCCUCUCCGCUCAUUAUGUCCCAUCGUCUCAUCAGAGGUUUUGGUUUCUUCCCUCCAGC